GCUGAAUCGUGAUGAUGAUGAUGAGUGAAGCUCCGGUUGUGAGGAAGGCUAUUCCACCGGCCCAGUCCACCGCUAGUGGUCACACUCAGAUGACCUCCCGGCAACCACACAUCACGGAGAAGACCUCCUCUAAACGCGUGUGCUUUUACAAAAGCGGAGACUCCCAGUUCAGUGGUCUACCUGUGAUCAUCAACAACCGCACCUUCAAAACCUUCGGGGCUCUCUUGGACAGCUUAUCGAAGCGCGUGCCGCUACCGUUUGGAGUCCGCACCAUCACGACUCCUCGAGGUCAUACGUCGGUUCGGUCCCUUGAACAGUUGCAUCAUGGGCAAUCCUACAUUUGUUCUGAUCGCAGAACCGUCAAACCCAUUGACCUGGAGCGCGCGCGCCGGAAGCCGCCGCCCUGGUACCACGCUCGACCCGUUAGCGCCCGGCGAUUAGCUUGGUACACGCACAGCCCUGCUCAACGCGGAGUCUACAGCGCGAGGAGGAACGAGCGGGUCCUGCUGCAUACGCCAAAACGGCUGGUGCUUUUCAGCAACGGAGAGCCAGAAGUGAAGCACACGCUGACGCUGCAGAGGAGGACGACAUACUCGUUCGAAGCACUCUUAGAUCACAUGUCAGAGGUCAUGCACUUCCCUGUACUCAAGUUACACACACCUGAAGGAAGAAGGGUGGAUGGGCUUCCUGCAUUGAUCUUAUGCUCUGGGGUAUUGGUGGCCGCUGGCCGAGAACCCUUCAAAAAAAGCAACUAUGAUGUCCAGAAGUCAUCUCCACCAAAGUGGCUACCGGCUAAAAGACUGGGACGGCGGCGUCCAAUAACCAGAAAAAAGAAAUCCCGCAGCGCCAAAUCUUGUCCCUUCUCCCUAUCUUCAGAAAGCUACAUUGUGAAUCAAAUACAAAGCAGUUUGCCAGGAAGUAUGUGUGAUUUUCCAAGCAACCCAAAUGGCUCUGUGGAAGCAGCUACUGGAUAUCAUCUUGAGUCAGUUUCUGAAACAGAAAUAAUCACCAGUCUGGAUGGUGAGAGAGAGGAUGACUCACACAUGCCCUCUGAUGAUGACAUUGAGAAAUCCUUUCGGGUCAAUCAAGAUGGAAGUAUGACCGUUGAAAUGAAGGUACGCCUCACUAUUAAAGAGGAGGAAACAAUACAUUGGACAACCACAGUCAGUCGCUCCAAUGUGUGCAAUCAAUUUCUAGCAGCCACUCUUCCCUGUCCUGACCUGGAAGCUAAUUUAGCGGAUAGCUUACCCCCUCAAAAUGAUCCUGGUGCCAUAGAGGUCAACAAGAGUGACCCCAAUAACAGCAGCCGCUCCUGCCCUGAGGAAGACUGUAAGGUAAGCAUGGAGUUAGAGCGGCUUUGUUCCCCACUUGCUCACAAACAAGGAUCCAUCGAGAGCAUCAUAACUGCUAGUGAAAUUCAUAAGAACUCUUCAUACUCUUACAUGGAAGAUCUGGACAAUGGAGAGGUGAAGCAGAACCACCCUGUUCCCAAGCCUCGAUGCACUCUUCCCUCUGAUACGAACACCACCACAGCGAUACAGUCCAGUGACUACAGAUCUUCAGAAGUCCUCCAGUUCCAGGACUAUCAGAAAAAAGCAGUGUUACACAUCUGUGAAGAGCAGAUUUGUCAAGAGAACUUCUCAGACAAUACAACCAUCAACAAAGGACACAUUUGA